CAACGUUGAUCAACGUUCAUCAAAUAGCCUAAAAAUUUCUCUCUAUCGGCCACAUUGUCAACAAUAAGCCCAGCACAUGGUAAAAUCGUGGGCUUUUUUCCGUAUUUAGUGUGUUAAUUAACGUUACGAACAUGCCGCCGAAGAAGCAAGAAGGCUCUGGGUCUAAGAAACCCGCUGCAGGAUCCUCUGAAAAGAAGCCUGCAGCAAAGGCUGAAAAGAAACCAGCCGCAGGCACUUCCAAAGCUGAAAAGAAACCAGCAGAAAAGAAGCCUGCUGAGAAGAAACCUGCUGAGAAGAAGCCAGCAGAGAAGAAACCAGCAGAGAAAAAACCAGCUGCUAAAGGUGAAAAGAAACCUGCAGACAAGAAAGCCGCAGCUAAACCAGCAGCGAAAGUAGAGAAGAAGCCUGCGGCAGCCAAGCCUGCAAAGAAAGUUGCUGACUCGAAGGCUGCAGCAAAGAAACCAGCAACAACCAAGGGUGUCAAGGCAUUGACGAAGGAAGCUUCAAAGAAAGACAAGACCGAAAAGGCAAAGAAGGAAAAGAAACCUCUGAAAGAUGGCGAAAAGAAAGAAAAGAAGGAGGGAGAAAAGAAGAAGAAGAAGUUUGACAAGAAGAAAGCUCCCAAGAAGCAUGACAAAUACAAGCGAGGACACAAGUACAGGAAAGCUGGUACGACCGUUGCUGCAGUAGAGCAAGCCAAGAAAGCAGGACAGAAGGUUGCAAAGGGUGUGCACGGAACUCGCACACGAAAAAUCAGGACAUCAGUCAGUUUCCACCGUCCCAAGACCUUCAAGCCACCUAGGAACCCAAAAUACCCGAGGAGAUCCGUUCCCCGUCGUAACAGGAUGGACCACUUCAACACGAUUAGGUAUCCACUGACCACGGAAGCGGCAAUGAAAAAAAUUGAAGACAACAACACCUUAGUUUUCAUCGUCCACUUAAAGGCCAAUAAACACCAUAUCAAAACGGCUGUGAAGAAAUUGUAUGACAUCAAAAUCUCCAAAGUCAAUACUAUGAUCAGACCUGACGGCAAGAAGAAGGCCUAUGUCCGUCUUGCUCCAGACUACGAUGCACUUGACGUAGCAAAUAAGAUCGGUAUCAUCUAAACAGUUUAUGUUUAUUGUUUUAAUACAUGAUUCCUUUGUAUAUUUUAAUAAAUUGAACUGUUAUUUUGUACGAUAA